UGGAUGUUCCGCUUGCGGAGUUUACUCUUUCCCGGUCCUGUCAAGCACCUGGCUCUGGCUCCCGUAGCAAGAUGGCGGCAGAAGGAGCUGGUGGGAAGUACAGGAGCACAGUCAGCAAAAGCAAAGACCCCUCGGGGCUGCUCAUCUCGGUGAUCAGGACUCUGUCUACUAGUGAUGAUGUUGAGGACAGAGAAAAUGAGAAAGGUCGCCUUGAAGAAGCCUAUGAGAAGUGCGACCGUGACCUGGAUGAAUUGAUCGUUCAACACUACACAGAAUUGACAACGGCCAUUCGAACUUACCAGAGCAUCACAGAGCGUAUCACUAACUCUCGGAAUAAAAUCAAGCAGGUAAAAGAGAAUCUCCUUUCCUGUAAGAUGCUGUUGCACUGCAAACGGGAUGAGCUUCGUAAACUGUGGAUUGAAGGAAUUGAGCAUAAGCAUGUACUGAACCUGCUGGAUGAAAUUGAGAACAUCAAGCAAGUGCCUCAAAAACUGGAACAGUGCAUGGCCAGCAAGCACUACCUUAGUGCCACUGACAUGCUGGUAUCAGCAGUAGAGUCUUUGGAGGGCCCACUGCUCCAGGUGGAAGGACUCAGUGACCUCAGGCUGGAACUUCACAGCAAGAAGAUGAACCUGCACUUGGUCCUCAUAGAGGAAUUGCACCGACACCUGUACAUCAAAUCCACUAGCCGAGUUGUGCAGCGUAACAAAGAAAAAGGGAAGAUGAGUUCUCAUGGCAAAGAUGCCUCUCCCGGUCCUCUGAUUGAUGUUACUAACAUCCCUACUCCACGAAAAUUCCUUGAUGCCAGUCAGUAUUCUGCUGCCGGCAACUCAAGUGUGAGGGAGGUGAACCUGCAAGACAUCAAGGAGGACUUGGAGUGUGAUCCAGAGGAGAGCAGCACUCUUUUCAUGGGAAUUCUUAUUCAGGGGUUGGCCAGACUGAAGAAGAUCCCCGAGACAGUUAAAGCCAUUAAAGAGCGUUUGGAACAGGAGCUAAAGCAGAUUGUGAAGAGGUCAACCACUCAGGUGGCAGACAGCGGCUAUCAGAGGGGAGAGAGCCUCACUGUGGACAACCAGCCAAGGUUACUUCUAGAACUGCUGGAGCUGUUGUUUGACAAGUUUAAUGCUGUAGCCACUGCACACUCUGUGGUGCUGGGGUACCUGCAGGAUUCUGUUGGGACCCAGCCACCUCAGCAGGAAGAGAUUAAAUUAUAUGACAUGGCAGAUGUGUGGGUGAAGAUCCAAGAUGUGCUGCAGAUGCUGUUGACUGAGUACUUGGAUAUGAAAAACACACGUACUGCGUCAGAACCAUCAGCUCAACUAAGCUAUGCCAGCACUGGACGAGAGUUCGCAGCAUUUUUUGCCAAGAAGAAACCACAAAGGCCAAAGAAUUCUCUUUUCAAGUUUGAAUCAUCCUCCCAUGCUAUCAGCAUGAGUGCCUAUCUUCGAGAACAGAGAAGGGAACUCUAUAGUCGGAGUGGAGAACUUCAAGGGGGUCCUGAUGACAACUUAAUUGAAGGUGGAGGAACAAAAUUUGUCUGCAAACCUGGAGCCAGAAAUAUUACUGUUAUAUUCCAUCCAUUACUGAGAUUUAUUCAGGAGAUUGAACACGCCUUAGGACUUGGCCCUGCCAAACAGUGUCCCCUUCGAGAGUUUCUCACCAUGUACAUCAAAAGUAUCUUCCUUAAUCAGGUCUUGACUGAGAUCAACAAGGAGAUUGAAGGAGUCACCAAAACAGCAGACCCACUGAAGAUCCUAGCCAAUGCAGACACCAUGAAGGUUUUGGGGGUGCAGAGGCCUCUCCUACAGAGCACAAUCAUUGUGGAGAAGACAGUGCAAGACCUCAUGAACCUGAUGCAUGACUUGAGUGCAUAUUCAGAUCAGUUCCUCAACAUGGUGUGUGUGAAGCUCCAGGAGUACAAGGAUACCUGCUCCACUGCCUACAGGGGCAUUGUCCAGUCAGAAGAGAAACUUGUCAUCAGUGCAUCUUGGGCAAAAGAUGAUGAUAUCAGCAGACUCUUGAAAUCGUUGCCAAACUGGACUAACAUGACUCAGCCCAAACAACUGAGGCCCAAGAGGGAAGAGGAAGAAGACUUCAUAAGGGCAGCUUUUGGCAAGGAAUCUGAAGUUCUAAUUGGGAACCUUGGUGACAAACUGAUUCCUCCACAAGACAUUCUCCGUGACGUCAGUGACCUCAAAGCCUUGGCCAACAUGCACGAAAGCUUGGAAUGGUUGGCUGGCCGAACAAAGUCAGCUUUUGCCAACCUCUCUACUUCCCAGAUGCUGUCUCCUGCGCAAGAGAGCCAUGUGAACAUGGACCUUCCGCCAAUGUCCGAACAGAUCAUGCAGACACUGAGUGAACUUGCCAAGUCCUUCCAGGACAUGGCUGACCGCUGCCUGCUUGUCUUGCAUCUAGAAGUGAGAGUUCAUUGUUUCCACUACCUCAUCCCUCUGGCAAAGGAGGGAAAUUAUGCCAUCGUUGCCAAUGUGGAAAGUAUGGAUUAUGACCCUCUGGUGGUCAAGCUCAACAAAGACAUCAGUGCCAUGGAAGAGGCCAUGAGCGCCAGCCUUCAGCAGCACAAGUUCCAGUACAUCUUUGAAGGUUUGGGACACCUCAUCUCCUGCAUCCUCAUUAAUGGGGCCCAGUACUUCCGACGCAUCAGUGAAUCUGGCAUCAAGAAAAUGUGUAGGAACAUUUUUGUGCUUCAGCAGAAUUUGACCAACAUCACUAUGUCACGGGAGGCAGACUUGGACUUUGCAAGGCAGUACUACGAGAUGCUCUACAACACAGCCGAUGAGCUCCUGAACCUGGUGGUGGACCAGGGCGUGAAGUACACAGAGCUGGAGUAUAUCCAUGCCCUGACCCUGCUGCACCGCAGCCAGACCGGCGUGGGGGACCAGACCAUCCAGAACACCAGGCUGCAGAGGCUCAAGGAGAUCAUCUGUGAGCAGGCUGCCAUCAAGCAAGCCACCAAGGACAAGAAAAUAACGACCGUCUGAUGGUGUGCCCCGCAGUGGGUGAGGGUGGGGUUCAUUCUUAGUGCAGCCUCGGGUUCUAGCUACUCAGCAUAGCGUGAGCUGACCUGCUUUUGCCUACACUGAUGCUUAGUGGAUAGAAAGUGGAUUAUUUUCUCCUUAGUUUUGCUUUUCUAUAUGAACUCUAGGAAGUUUGCAGUAUGGAAUGUUUGGCCUAACGACUACUUUAGGGAUGAGGGUGGGACAGGAAGGAGGGCAUGUCAAGUUGAGUUUUAAGACCAUCCUGACACCACUUAAUAUGGUCCAUGGCAUAAGCUUUUUAUUCUCUCAACUUUGUCAGUUUAUAGUUCAGUGAGGUGAGUGUGUGCACAUUACUUUGUCUCCAUUGCCAAAAUCAAAUCUGAGGCUUCUCAUCUGGCUCCCCAUCUCCUCAAGGCCGGGGAGAAAGCAGCUCUUCAUCCCUUGCUGGGGUUGAGGGUGGUGUAGCUUGCACACAGGUUGCUGGUUGGCUUUAUAGCCUUUUUGUUUUAUUCCUUCUGUAUUAAAGCCAAGAGUCGGGGCUGCAGGGGUGACUUAGCAGUUAAGAGCAGCGGCUGUCCUUCCAGAGGACCAGGGUUCAAUUCUCAGCACCCACACAUGAAGCUCACAGUCAUCUGUAACUUCAGUUCCUGCUGACCUGAAGCCCUCUUCUGGCUCAACAGGUACCUCGUGUAUGUGGUACACAGACAUAGAUGCCGGCAAAAACACUUAGACACAUAAAGUAAGAAAAAAAUCAAGUCAUAAAACUAGUGCUGAAAAGAGAAGGGUGAAAGGUUAGUCACCCCCAUGACUUGACCCUGAAAAUAAAUGAUGGCUGCAGAGCUCCCCAUCUCACACUUCUCUGAGGGUCAAUUUUGAGGGGCUCCCUCAUGUUCCUGUGCACACUGCAUUAGUGACUUGUCCUGUUCUAUGACAAAAGCAACUCAAGAAAGGAAAGUUUUUGUGGCUAACAGUUAAGGGUAACCCCAUCAUAACAGGGAAGCAUGACCGCUGGAGCUUGAGGCAGCUGCUCACUGCAUCUGCAGUCAGGAAACAGCAGUGGACACCUGUGUUUGGGUAGCUUUCUCCUUUUUAUGCCACCUAGGACCUCAGCCAUAGAAUGGUUCCCCCACAUUCAGCAUGGAUCUUCACGCCUCAGUUAAUAUGAUUUAAAUUCACAGACAAGUCCUGUCCUUGUUGUCGCUGUUGUUGUAAUAAACCAUGGACAAACUAAUACCCACCAGGUACAGACACACAAAAAUAAAAAUAGCUUUAAAAGAUUUUGACAGUGAAAAAGUAAAGCAAUUAGUAUUACAGUAAACAUUGAACCUAAAUUCAGAGAGAAUUAAAGCAAUACUAGUAGUUAAUAUUAAGCAAUAGAGCUCAGGUCUACUCAGCUGAAAGCAAGGAAGAUGGGACAUUUUUCCUGUGAUGUCAGCAGUGAAGAUUCUUUUUUGUGUGUGACAGGGUUUCUCUGUGUGACAGCUCUGGCUGUCAUGAACUUGCUUGUAGACCAGGCUGGCCUCGAACGCAGAGAUCUGUCUGGGAUUAAAGGCAUGCACCACCAUGCCUGGCUGCUAGGCCUCCUUUGAGUUGCCCUUUCCUGGUACUGGGACCUGAAAUGCUCGUGGCAAUAUGGAUCUUGCCAAUGCCCCAGGCCCCCACAUCCUCUUGCUACUCAAGGGUAGCAAGUGCACUGACAAGGAAGCAUCUUGAACACACAUGGGAGGAGCAGAAGGGCUGGGGCUAUGCAAGGUCACUCUUAGACCCCGGGGGAGGGAAUUUUCACACCUGUUUGUAGCAACUUUGGUCUGGAUGGGAACAGCCAAAAAUUAAAACUGUUCUGAGAAGCUUAAA